UUCUCGGCGUAGAGGCGGCGGCAAGAUGGCGGCGCCGGAGGAGCGGGAGCUCACCCAGGAGCAGACGGAGAAGCUGCUGCAGUUUCAGGACCUGACAGGUAUUGAGUCGAUGGAUCAGUGUCGCCACACCUUGGAACAGCAUAACUGGAAUAUAGAGGCUGCAGUACAGGACCGGUUGAAUGAGCAGGAGGGCGUGCCCAGCGUAUUCAACCCCCCUCCGUCCCGGCCGCUGCAGGUCAACACAGCUGACCACAGGAUCUACAGCUAUGUAGUCUCCAGGCCGCAGCCACGGGGUCUGCUCGGCUGGGGUUAUUACUUGAUCAUGCUUCCAUUCCGCUUCACCUACUACACAAUCCUUGACAUAUUUCGGUUCGCUCUGCACUUUAUACGGCCAGACCCUCGCAGCCGGGUCACUGACCCCGUUCGGGACAUUGUUUCCUUUAUGCACUCUUUUGAAGAGAAAUAUGGGCGAGCACAUCCUAUCUUCUACCAGGGAACCUACAGCCAGGCUCUCAACGACGCCAAGCGGGAGUUGCGCUUCCUUCUGGUCUAUCUCCAUGGGGACGACCACCAGGACUCAGAUGAAUUCUGCCGCAACACCCUCUGCGCCCCCGAAGUCAUUUCUCUCAUCAACACCAGGAUGCUCUUCUGGGCAUGCUCCACCAACAAGCCCGAGGGCUACCGGGUCUCCCAGGCCUUACGGGAGAACACCUAUCCGUUCCUGGCCAUGAUCAUGCUGAAGGACCGCCGGAUGACUGUAGUGGGCCGGCUUGAAGGCCUCAUCCAGCCGGACGACCUCAUCAACCAGUUGACAUUCAUCAUGGACGCGAACCAGACUUACCUGGUGUCUGAGCUCCUGGAAAGGGAGGAGCGGAACCAGACCCAAGUGCUGAGGCAGCAGCAGGACGAGGCGUAUCUGGCCUCACUGAGGGCUGACCAGGAGAAGGAGCGGAGGAAGCGUGAGGAACGGGAGCGGAAAAGGCGGAAGGAGGAGGAGAUGCAGCAGCAGAAGCUGGCAGAGGAGCAGAGGCGGCGGGAUUUACAGGAGGAGAAGGAACGAAAGUCUGAGCGCCUGCCCCCCGAACCUUCCCCCGAUGACCCUGAAAGUGUCAAGAUUAUUUUCAAAUUGCCUAAUGAUUCACGUGUGGAAAGACGGUUCCACUUUACCCAGUCUCUCACGGUCAUUCACGACUUCUUAUUUUCCUUAAAAGAAAGCCCUGAAAAGUUUCAGAUCGAAGCCAACUUCCCCCGCCGGGUGUUACCAUGUACCCCGACAGAGGAGUCGCCCAAUCCUCCCACGCUUCAGGAGGCGGGACUCAGCCAUACAGAAGUUCUAUUCGUUCAGGACCUAACAGAUGAAUGACGGCUUAUCUGCCUCUCCUGUCCCAAUCCCUGCUCGUACCACCACUCACACAGACACAGCCAUGCACACACACCAAAAAAAGAGAGAAAUUCCUAUUAUUAUUAUAAUACAAUAUUUUUUUUAAAAGACUGCUGCAUUCUAAGGAAGGAUCGGAAACUGCCUGCCACAUCCACCAUCUGUGCGCGCUAGAGGUGAGCCUGAGUGCGUCAGCCCUUCCUGCCCACAGCUGCGCCUCAGACCUUCAGAACCUUCCAGUACCUUCUGGCUGAAGGAGCUGCGGCACUCCCACUACUGUUGCACAUAGGGACUUCGUGUUUGUUCUGGCUUUUCGUGAACCGUGAAGUGGAAGGACUUCAGGCAACGGCUCCCAGGAUGUACCCCACACCAUGGACCUGGGAGGAGACAGCUGAGUGGAGGUCCAUGGGACUUCCUGCCAUUCAUGAAGAAUUUGCCUCUUUAUUUUAUUAAUAUUUUUUUCUGGUUGCUUUGUAAAUGACCAAAGGAAUGAGGCUGA